AUGUCAUCGUCAGAGUCCAGUCUCCCAGAAGCCUGUUGGGCAGCUUUCGUCAUGGCACUCCUUGAGCAGGACCGAACUCUUGAAGCCGAUGAGGACGGCGCAGUGGCUGCGGGUGCCCCGGAGGCUGAGGAUGUGCUCGUGGAGGAGGCCGAGGAAACCGUCGGCACAGCCGUCGAGGAGCCAGCUCCUGAUCCAGACACGGAAGCAAAAGAGAACAGUCCAAUGGGCAAAGGUGCCGAGGAGUCAUUCCUCUCCGAUUCGACGGUGCCGAUGAUGCACAUGAAUGCGACCCCUGGAACUACCGAUGCAGAUCACUCCUUCCAGACCGAAGGAUUGAGCCGAGCUGUCAUCCAUGGCUCAUUCUUGGAAGACGACUCCCUGAUGCAGACUCCACCUUUGAUACGGGAUGGCAGGUUGCAUACUCCAGGCAGCGGCAGCACCUCCUUCACUUCCGUUCCAGCAGCCGAUCUUGCCAGACAACAUUUUGAGUGGGCACAGGAACUUGAGUCGGUGGACCAAAAGCAAGCUGAUCUGAUGAUGACUCAAUGGAAGCUCAUCCGGAGCCAGACCGGCAUGCUGGCUCAACAGCUUGUGGAGCUGCGCAAGGAGCUGGACUUCGUGAAGCACGAGCAGCGUCAGACCUCACAGCUGAUGGAGCAGCAAUGCCGAGAGAGCAAGGACGUCCAGCAACGUUUGGGCGCUACCUUGCAACAGAGCGUGCAGGAGACCCACAUGAGCCUGGCCAGGAUGCGGACCGAGGUGCAGAAGAGACCUUCGAAGGAGUCCGAUGCUCAAAAGCGCCUCCAAAGCCUGGAAACGUGGGCAGCCCCGGCCGUCCGGAAGCUGGAAUGCGAGGUGGCGGAGCUACGAAGUGCGACGGACGUGAGCGUCAAGCAGGUCUGCCAGCUCAAAGACCAGUUGCUGCAACAAAUCGAUGAGUGGAAAGCCGGUCAUGCCGUGGUGAUGGAGCACAGCACCAAGUGGCAAGACCGUGUACGCAAAGGACUUCGUGCGCUCAUGAACGCUCACGAGAGCCAUCGGAGCGAAGUACAGGAGAUCCAGCAGUCCCUGCAGGAGUCCUUCGAACAGAAACUUCACACCAAGUUCGCUGAGGUGCAGCGUCGCAUGGAUGAGUGCAGCACACAAAAGGACAGCCAUCAGGACAUUGAGAAUCGACUCAACGACUUUGAGGCGAUGCUGGACACGACGCUUGAGGGCCACUCUAAAGGCAUGGAGCGCAAGCUGUCGGACGUGGAGUCCAGGUUUCAGGAUCUUGAAAACAGCGACAAGCUCCUCAAGGUCAGUUUGAACCAGGAGAUCGCAGCACGGCAUUCCAUGGUGGAGGUUCUGGACCAGAUGCUGAAAACGGAGACCUCCAGAAUCGCGACUUCAGUCAGCGAGCAGGUGGCGGUGAGCCAUCUGGACUGGAAGGAGAGCCAGAAAGCGAUGCUGGAGCACUUGAGCAAGGAGACCACUGACAGGCAAGAGCAAGCCAGAGCCAUCAAUGCAGACUUGCAGAGCUUGGCAGGCGGUCUGGGUGAGCGUGUCAGCCGUCUUGAGGGCGGCUGGCACAGUGUCCGCCAGGACUGGCGUGAGGCAAAAGGCAAUGUCCGAGCCCUGCAGGGGCAAUUGCAGGAGCUCGAAGCCAGCCUGGACGCUGGCCUCCAGGGCCUUCGCUCCGAGUUGCAGAGUUGCUUGCGCGAGGAGCGCCUGAAAAGGGAAGUGAACGGCACCGGCAUGGCAGAGCAGAUCCAGGCUUGGGAGGACUUUCACAAGCACUUGCGCCAGUUCUACAUGUCCCACACGACUCUGCCGGCCGGCGAUACCCGACACAGCGAGCCUGACAUGACCAUGGAGCGCCUUGCAGAGCUUCUUCGAUGCUCGCAAGAAUCGGAGACGAGCCAUGCCGAUGUGCCCGAGAUCCUGCGAUCUUCUCGCCUCUCUGAUCUGUGA